AUGGAGGCCAACUCAACUGUUUCGAAUCUUCCUCGUCAAUUGGCCCAGAUCGUGGCUGGUAGCAUCGAUGGCAGAACUGGCAACAUCAGAUAUCGCCAGAAAGAAUUCCACCGCCUACAAAACUCCAUUCUUGAGAACUUGAAUGAGUUCAAGCAGGCUAUUACAGAUGACUCGGGCAACACCCCAGAAGAGGUGCAGAUGGAGGUCACUUUGGCUUUGAAAGAGAUCCACACGCAUUACGCCUCUCUCGAUGUUGCGAGAAACUUGGAAGUCGAAUACAGAAUCGCAAAUGGUAAGGAUAACAGAGAUCAGAAGAGAGGUGCUGGGAUUGUUUAUGUCAUUCCCUCGCAGCAUACCCUCUUCUACUCUGUGAUCGCGGCCCUUAGCGCGGCCCUUGCGGCAGGGAACUCCUUCGUUGUCGAGAUUCCCAAGACCACAUUGCGAGUUUCUUCACUUCUUCGCUCGAUUCUUCCCAAGACUCUCGAUAGGGAUACAUUUGCCAUCGUUGAGACACGACCGGAUGAUGGUUUUCUUCGCUCGGCUAUUGUAUUGUCUCAGCAGUCACAACCAGAGGAGCUGCGUACAGUGGCUAUAGUGGAUCGCACUGCCAAUCUGGAAGAUGCAGUAGUCGACCUUGUCAUUUCUUGUUUUGCAUUCAAUGGUCGCUCCCCAUAUUCGCCCGAUGUCAUUCUUGUGAAUGACUUCUGCGUUCAGCCUUUUAUUGAUCUGUUGAUCAAGCAUGCUCCGAGUUAUUUGGGUCGUGGAUUGCAACAGGCCAAGAAGGUGCCAAGGAAAGGCAGCGGUGCCUCCCUGUUGGAACGUAUUGCAUCAGAAGAGGGUUGUCAAGUCGUCGUUUCUGGGACUGGUUGGGCCGUGGCGAAGGUUCAAGAUCGGAACUCUUUUCUCCUGAAGUCCAAGAUUGAUGAGCGGCUUCUCUUGAUUCACCAGGUCGCGAGUUUAGAUGACGCGAUCAACUUCUGCAAUUCCAUGGGCACACUCAAUGCAACCUAUACCUUUGCUGCACCCACUGCGGCGAAGUAUAUCUCUGAAUCAAUCGAUGCCGGAUUGGCAUGGAUCAACCAUGUCCCUUACGAUAUGCUAAUUGGCCCAGUUCUUCCUCUCAACACCGCUCUUAGUCAAGAAACCCGGUAUGCACCGGAUCUCUUCCAAGUAUCCCGAGGUCAGAUUUUGCACAAGUCGCCAAAUACACUUUUAGCAAAAUCUCUGCUGAAGUCAGCCGGUAAGCCGCAAAUUGGGGCUUCACUGGGCCAGUUUAUGGGCCCUCUGCCGUCCCUGCAGCAACGCCCUGGCCACAAAAUUGGGUUCUUUGAGCAGGGCUUCGUAACAGGAGGCAUUCUCAUUCUCACCUCCCUUUUUGCUAUGGGAGCUGCAGCUGGGUACCACGUUUGGAAGAUGCGUUAA